AUGAAGCCAUUUGGAUCAACUAUGAGGCCUAGAACUUAUUUUCUACCGAGACAUGUCCGGUCUUUUGGAGCAUUCUGGAGCAUAUGGGACAAGGAGCAUGGAGGGACUUGGCACAUGGAAGCAGCUCAACUGGAUACGCAAAGGAAGAAGGGAGAAGCCAUCUUGAAGACCAGCUCGACCGUCCACUCGACCAACCGGUCGAGUUCCUCAACUCGACCGGCCAAGCUUCAACUCGAUCGAGCUGGAAGUCAAAGUCAAACCCGAAAAAUGUUGCUUCCCCCUUGA